GGUCGCCACGAGCUUCACAGUCGCAAAGUCAUCGCCCGUGCAUCAAGUCGCGCGUUUCGCUCGCGGUCGGUGAAUUGAUGUGAGUGUGCGCGUCACGUUCAUGAUAGUCCGGCUGGUUAAGCGGACUAAGUCGUGGUUUUUAAGGUUUACGGUGUGCAAUUAGGUGUGAUCAUCGAUUAACCCUUGUGUGAGAGUGAGCAGAGCCGGGACGUUAAUUACACAACGACGGUUAACGAUUACAAUUUAAUUAAUUGCUUGUGUGAUGUGUGUUUCGUGGAGUUACUGUUUAGCGUGCACGCACUGGCUGUACACUUCCGGUGAGUCGUAACGCCGCCCGGAGAAAACUGCACCACGCUCCCGCCCAAGGUUUCCUCCGGCGGUGCCCCACCAGAUAAAGCAUAUCGAAAUAAUUCAGCCAUUGGGUGCAUUUGUGCGAGUGUGCGUGUGUUUGUGUGCGUAUGUAAAGAGAAGAUAAAGGGAAGGAGUGCCGCCGUUGAGAGCAGAGUAGUGUGUUGAAACUGUGAUUGCCACCGUCGCACAAUGUCGCUGUUUACGUCGAGCAACAGCAGGCCGCGAUCCCUGAUGGAGGCGCUGCUGGCGAAGAAGAUCGAGGCAGCGUCACAGCAGACGGGCCCGGGCGGAUCGCGGCUCAUCCGGACGGAUUCGAUGGAUUCGACCAGCAGCAUCGGCUCGCACGGAUCGCUCAUACUCGGUGACGAUGUGUGCCGGUGCGAUGACUGCCUGCUCGGGAUCGUCGAUCGCUAUACCAUCGGGCCGAAGGAAACGGCAAGCGGUAUUAAAAAGCCUUCUGGAUGGCGUAAAUUGCGCAACAUCGUACAGUGGACACCGUUCUUCCAGACGUACAAAAAGCAACGCUAUCCGUGGGUGCAGCUAGCCGGGCAUCAGGGAAACUUCAAAGCCGGACCGGACCAGGGAACCGUACUGAAGAAGCUAUGCCCCAAAGAGGAAAAGUGUUUUAAGGUACUGAUGAAGGAUGUCCUGAGACCCUACGUUCCCGAGUACAAGGGUCAGGUGAAUAGUGAAGAUGGCGAAUCAACCUAUAUACAGCUGCAGGAUCUACUCAGCGAUUUCUAUCAACCGUGCGUGAUGGAUUGUAAGAUAGGCGUCCGGACCUACCUAGAAGAGGAACUGUCGAAAGCCAAAGAGAAGCCGAAACUUCGAAAAGAUAUGUACGAAAAGAUGAUACAGAUCGAUCAAAACGCCCCCACCGAAGAGGAGCACCGUGCUAAAGGUGUCACCAAGCCACGCUACAUGGUAUGGAGGGAAACCAUCUCCAGCACGUCCACGCUCGGAUUUCGAAUAGAGGGCAUCAAAAAGAGUGACGGCACGAGUUCAAAGGAUUUCAAAACGACAAAAUCGCGUGAUCAAAUCUGUGAAGCAUUUCGCGAAUUUACUGACGGGUUCCCGCAUGCAAUGCCUAAAUACAUUCAACGGUUGAAGGCGAUUCGGGCAACGCUCGAGUAUUCCGAGUUUUUCAAAAGCCACGAGGUGAUAGGAAGCUCACUGUUGUUCGUGCACGACCGUCACAAGGCAAGCGUCUGGCUGAUCGACUUUGCCAAAACGGUCGCGCUUCCGGAGAGUGUGGCCAUUACGCAUGACAGCAAGUGGAAGGUGGGCAACCACGAAGACGGCUACCUGAUCGGGAUCAACAAUCUGAUCGACAUCUUCAGCGAAGUGCACGAUCGGCAAACACUGCAGUGCCUGACGGAGCGAAUACCCCGGCUUUCGCUACCGGACGACACCAACGGUAUCGAUGCGAAUUCGGAUGAUCCUCUGCGUCACGACGGGUGCAAUCGGAACAGUGAGAUCUCGUCUGCUGCCGUACCCGCCGUGCCGGACCGAUGUGUCGAUAAGAUCGGCUGUGUGAAUAACAACAACAAUUACGACUGCAAACCAGAGGAUCAGCAGCUGGUGGGCAACAGCACGGCGGACACGAGCACAGGCCUGCGUGACUGUAUCGGGUCGAGUUCGGGGUAGUGCCGGCAGGUCUGGCCGGGCGGGUACGCUGCCAACCAAGGACUGAAUCGAAUUAGUAUGUAAGAUUUUUGUUUGUGGUCAACCACGAAAACACAUGCAGUUGUCGAAUGAUUGAGAACCGUUUGUUCAUACUCCGGCAUCGAGCGAGUGAGAAUCCUUUGUUAAUUUAUAAAAUACUACGAUCAAACACUCUGAACAUUAGGAUAGUAAUGGUAGCGUAAAGUACAGAAGACGAACAUACAGUUUAAUAUAUUCAACUCUAUUACGAAAA